UUGUUUUGUUUUGACGGUGAAGGUUCGAUCUGAAACAAGUCACAUACGACAGCUGUUCUGUACGAUUCUCCAUUUAGUUUGUACACAUCGGCAAGCUAUGGCGGAUUAGCCGAAGGCUUAUCUGUUCCUCUUACGACACCGUUUCCUUUUCCAAAUUUCUUUUACAUUUUCCUUCCAUCUUCUUCAAUUAGUUCUUCCUCGACCAGUUUUCGAGCUUUUCUUUUUCUACGAAACCCUAGGAUUGGGUUCAUCAAGUUUUUCUUUUAGAACACCAAAUUGCUACAUGUUAUACACUAGACAACUUCUCAUCCCAUCAUCCCAACAAUUUACCCAUUCAAGCAAAUUAUCAGUUCAUAGAUUGUUAAGUCUAUUUAGAUCAUUGUUUGAUAAUAGCUUUAAAGGACUUGUGUAGAAGACAUUGAAUAUUCAUAUGAUGAAGUAGUUUUGUAGCUGGAGUUAUAGAGUAUAUAUCCAAAAAGAACAACAUUGUUACCAUGUUGGAAUGAGUUGACCAUCAAGUUGACCUAGCAUGCGUUUAGGGUAUCUUAUGAUAACAACAGUUUUAUGCUUAUGAUUUGGAGAGAAACAUGGAAGUACCAAAGGAGAGGUUUCCUGUGAAUGCUGAGGAUUACAAGGUAUAUGAAGAAGUUGGUGAAGGAGUCAGUGCCUCUGUGUACAGGGCGCUCUGUGUUCCCUUGAACAAAAUAGUUGCAAUCAAGGUUCUUGAUUUGGAGAAGUGUAAUAAUGACCUGGAUGGCAUACGUCGUGAGGUACAAACCAUGAGCCUGAUCAAUCAUCCAAAUUUAUUACGGGCAUACUGUUCUUUCACAACCGGCCACAACCUUUGGGUUGUUAUGCCGUAUAUGGCUGGCGGGUCAUGUCUUCACAUAAUGAAAACUUCUUUUCCAGAAGGUUUUGAAGAGCCUGUCAUUGCUACAUUGCUUCGAGAAGUCCUUAAAGCAUUAGUCUAUCUUCAUGCACAUGGACACAUUCACAGAGACGUGAAGGCAGGGAAUAUAUUAGUUGAUUUUAAUGGCUCUAUAAAGUUAGCUGACUUUGGAGUAUCCGCAUGCAUGUUUGACACUGGGGAUAGGCAACGUGUUAGAAACACCUUUGUGGGAACUCCUUGUUGGAUGGCACCGGAGGUCAUGCAACAAUUACAUGGGUAUGACUUUAAAGCAGACAUCUGGUCAUUUGGAAUCACAGCACUCGAACUUGCUCAUGGCCAUGCACCAUUUUCAAAGUAUCCUCCAAUGAAAGUUUUGCUUAUGACUCUACAAAAUGCUCCACCAGGUCUUGAUUAUGAAAGGGACAAAAAGUUUUCAAAGUCUUUUAAAGAAAUGGUUGCUGCAUGCUUAGUGAAAGAUCCAAAAAAACGUCCUUCAUCUGAAAAGCUUUUAAAGCAUCCUUUCUUUAAACAAGCAAGAACACCUGAUUACCUUCAACGUACUAUACUUGAUGGUCUUCCUCCUCUAGGAGAUCGUUUUAGGAUGCUAAAGGCAAAAGAAGCUGAUCUUCUUCUACAGAAUAGUGAAUUAAAUGGAAAUAAAGAUCAUUUAUCACAGCAAGAGUAUAUUCGAGGAAUAAGUGCUUGGAAUUUUAAUUUGGAGGACUUGAAGAAUCAAGCUGCACUUAUUCAGGACUAUGAUGAAAAUUCAAAUGCAAAUGAUCAAAAUUCAAGUUCAAAUUCAAAGCAAGAAAAUGGAUUCAAUGAUGUUGGAUUACAAUUAGAAAAGCCAUUAUCCCCUGAGAUAAUACCUAAUCAUUCGGAUGAUGCAUCCCACCUUGAGGAUGAAAUUGAUGAAGUUCCUAAUUUGGAGGAUUCAUUCGCAUCAUUUCCUAUGAAGCCUCUUCAAGCACUCAAGGGAUGUUUUGAUAUUGAUGAAGAUAGUGCAGUGGAUGAAAAAUUAUUAGAUACUGAAGAAAAUGGUAUUGAGAAUCAAGAUUUGAAAAAAUCCUUACAACAACCAAUUAUUAUUGGUCCAAAAAAACAUUCAAGUGGUUCGCUUCUACCUGAUAAUGUCUUCUCUUCUAAGAAGUUAAUUGGCGACUUUGAGAGAGAAUCUACACAACCGGGAUUUCGAGUUGAGCGCAGUUAUAGUGGUCCAUUACAAAGUCGUCAAAAGAAUAACACAGCUAACUCUUUUAAUACAAAGGAGGAUGCAUCAGAGGAAGCUGUGGUGCAGCGAAAGGGACGUUUUAAGGUCACAUCAGCAGAUCUCAGUCUCAAGGCUCCUGUUAAUAAUUCAAAUUUAAGUGGAAUUACUAGUCCACCCGCAUCAAGUAUAGCUACUUCACUUCUUCCAUCUUUGCAAAGCAUUUUGCAACAUAACGCAUUGCAAAGGGAAGAAUUAUAUAAAUUAAUCAAGUUCGUGGAACAAGUCUCUGGCAAUUGCAUGGAGUAUGGGGAGGCGGGGCCCAAUGAAUCAUCACAGACCCCUCUUUCUUCUCCAAGGGAAAGAGAAUUACAGUCUCAAGUGAUCCAAUUACAACAAAGAAACGGGAUUCUAGCUGAGCAAUUGCAAAGACAGAAGAUGAAAAAUGCUCAGUUGGAAAUGAAACUUAGUGAUUUGAUGAAGAAAGAAAACAUACAAGAAUGAUUCUCAUGAUGACAAUAACGAUGAUUUACAUGUUUCGAUGCAUUCAUGUGUCAAACUUUUUUGACACAUGGCGAGUGUUAAUUUUAUCUUGUAAAAGUGUAAAAUAUUUGUGAAUAUAAACUUUACUAUUGUUGUAAUCAUGUUACUUUAAAUAUUGAAAUUCUUUUA